CAGCACUGAAGGCAACGCUGCCACUUAGAGCUGUGUCUGUAAACACAAGACAAAAUUUGGUUUGCUGCAAACAAUGUCAACAACUUUGUCACAUCAGGAUAUUAUGAAUGACGAUGAACCGGAUCCACGCAAUUGUCGAACCUGCAAUGUGUUAACCACCCGCUACUUAUCGCUAUACGAGCCCUACACCCAUGCCGGCGAACUGACAACGCUAGCAGCGCUGCUGAGCAACUGCGCCAACUUGGAGAUUUUACAAUCGGAGCGCUUUCUGCCCAGGCACAUGUGCGAGCAAUGUGUGGAGCUACUACUGCAGUUCUGCGACUUCCAACGCAUGGUAUUGCGCACAGAUUUCAAGCUACGCAAACGUCAUGCCCAUACCCAGAGAAAAGUGAAUGCGCCGCAGUUGUCCAAGUGUUUGACAGAGCAGCAAAUAGAGGAGGAUGCGGCUGCCACUGCGGAUGAAUACGUGUAUGUGCUGGAGGAGACCGUCGACAGCAUAGUGUCCGAGCAGCGUCUCGAUGGCUCGUCGCCCAAAGUGGAACUGUUUGAGGUUGACUUUGAGCCCGAAGAAAAGUAUGUAGAGGAACAGCACGAACAAGAGGAGGAAGAAACUUCAAUAGCAACAGUGAAGACAGAGGAAAGCAAUGUCAAACAACGCUCCCAGCAUCGACGUAAAUCCUAUAAUCCCGCUCUACAAUGCCCGAUGUGCAGCAAGCAGCUGAGCACGAGUAACUCCUUUAAAUAUCACAUGCAAUUGCAUGGCGAGGAUCGUCCAUAUGUGUGCAACAUUUGCGGCGAUUCAUUCAAGACACGCAACGCAUACGAUGGCCAUGCAACGCUCCACAAUCCCAACAAUCCCAACAAAUGUCGCACGUGCGGCAAAACGUAUCGUCAGGCCUCUUCGCUGCGCUCCCAUCUCUUGAGCCACACCGGUGUCAAGCCCUUCACCUGCGACAUAUGCGGAAAGGGUUUAACACAGAAGUCCGGCUACAAGAAGCACAUGCUGACGCACACGGGCGAAAAGCCGCACACCUGCGACAGCUGUGGACGCAGCUUCCGCUACUCCAGCAAUUUGAUUGCCCACAAACGUUCGCAUUCCCGCAAAGUUGGUGCCGUCGAUCAACAAAAGGAGCAGCUCGAAUAAUGCUAUAUAUACGACUAUAUAUAUAUAUAUAUAGUAGAAGAAGCCACCACGAAGCCAAAACACUUCCACCUUAUGAAAACCUUAUGUACAAGUGAUUAAGAUUAGAAUUCGGCUGGCACCGCAUUUUCCAUUUUGGAUAUUCAUGCCCUGCGGCAAAUUUAAUAUUAACAUAGAAUAAGUAAGGUAGAUUUUAAUAUUUUUUAAAUGUAGAAAUUCGAAAGAUUUCCCAUUGAAUUUCACAUGUUGUUUUUAUUGCG